GUUAAAGAUUUUUUUUUUUAAUUUAAAAUCGGGUGUUUGUUGUCGAGGUUCCAAUGAUAAGAUGGGUUGGUUCUUGUUCUUUGUGAGUGAUACACACAAAAAAGUAGAGAAUAAUUUUGUUUAUUAUAUAAUUGCAAUAAUUGAUCGUCUCUUGGGAUUGGGUGUCUUCAUCUCUUUUUGUCUUCGACUAUUACGAAGUUCUUCUCUUUUCUUGUGUUCCCUGAUUCAGAGCCACAUCCACAAUCUCUCUCAGGGAAUCUUGUUUUCAGACAAGAGAUCAGUUGGAUGAGAUAAGAGACUCACUGUAAUAGAAAAUAAUAAAAAAUACAUGGCGGUUUAUUACCCAACUAGUGUCGGCAUGCAACCUCUGUACCAAGAAGAAUCCAUCUACCUCAACGAACAACAACAACAAGCUUCUACUUCCUCCGCCGCAUCUUUCUCCGGCGUAGGCGGUCUCCAUAUCCCUAACUCCGGUGGUGCUGUACCAAACGAGAUGGUUUUUAUCCCGCCAACAAGCGAUACAGGCCUCACCGGAAACGUAACGGUUUCAAGCAACGAUCUAAGCUUUCAAGGAGGAGGACUUUCGUUGAGCCUCGGUAACCAGAUCCAAUACCACCAUUACCAGAACCUCUCGAACCAAUUGAAUUACGGUAAUGAUGAGAAUGGGAAGAGCUUGAGUCAUCAUCACCAUCAGUCUGAGCAAACUCCUUCCACUGGUGGUUACAGCAAUGGAGUUGGAUUCUACAACAACUACCGCUACGAGACAUCAGGGUUUGUGAGCAGCGUUCUAAGAUCACGAUACCUUAAACAAACACAACAGUUGCUAGACGAAGUUGUUAGUGUCAGGAAAGAUAUGAAACUGGGUGAUAGUAGUAACAAGAAGACCAAGAACAACAAAGAUUACAAAUGUCAAGACUUUACUAAUGGGUCGAGUGAUAACAACAGAGAAAACGACAAGUUGCAAGAGGAGUUAUCUCCUCAAGAACGUCAAGAUCUUCAGAGCAAGAAGAACAAGCUCUUAACAAUGGCCGAUGAGGUAGAUAAAAGGUAUAACCAAUACUACCACCAAAUGGAGGCUCUAGCGUCAUCUUUCGAGAUAGUAACAGGUCUUGGAGCAGCCAAGCCUUACACAUCAGUGGCUCUAAACAGAAUCUCUCGCCAUUUCCGCUGCUUGCGGGACGCGAUAAAAGAGCAGAUUCAGGUGAUCAGAGGGAAGCUUGGGGAGAAAGAGACGUCUGAAGAACAAGGGGAGAGGAUACCACGUCUUAGGUAUUUAGAUCAGAGGUUGAGACAACAGAGAGCUUUGCAUCAACAGCUUGGAAUGGUUAGACCAUCUUGGAGACCACAAAGAGGCUUACCUGAAAACUCUGUCUCUAUACUCCGCGCUUGGCUCUUUGAGCAUUUUCUUCAUCCAUAUCCUAAGGAAUCAGAGAAGAUCAUGCUUGCUAAGCAGACAGGACUAUCUAAAAACCAGGUUGCGAACUGGUUUAUUAACGCGAGAGUUCGGCUAUGGAAGCCGAUGAUAGAAGAGAUGUAUAAAGAAGAGUUUGGUGAUGCAUCAGAGUUACUCUCUAACUCUAAUCAAGACAAGAACAAAAUGCAGGAAACAUCUCAGCUCAAACACGAAGACUCUUCUUCUUCACAGCAACAACAUUUCAACAACAACAACAUUGCAUAUACUACUACAUCUUCUGCUGAAGAAAACCUUGUCUUCACAGAUCCAAAACCAGGUCGUGCUACUGCUACUGGUGAUUACGACAGCUUGAUGAACUAUCAAGGGUUCGGUGUGGAUGAUUACAAUCGCUACAUUGGCCUUGGAAACCAGCAAGAUGGCAGAUUCUCUAAUCCCCAUCAGUUACACGACUUUGUCGUCUGAAAUAAAGUUCACGAGCUUUUACCAAGCUCAAGAACUGGCAUUUGGGAGCAUGAUUCUUGAAGCGCAAGAAAAGCGCUUUUCACAUUUUUAUAUACAUAGGGGAUAUAAUAUACAACACCAUAUAAAAUCUGUAAUGUUUCAUGGUGGCAUAUAUUUGUCAAAAAACUGUAGGUGUUAGUCCUUUACAUGUGUACAUGAAAUUGAGACUUAUAUACACUUCGGUAAGCAAUUAUUGUAAUGUUUUGUGUUUAAUCUUCAUGGGUGGUAUAAAACAAAUACUUUUGCAAGUGUGAAAACAUAAA